AUGGGCGUACUGAACUAUCUUGGCCUCAGCGGCCGCACUCCUACGGUCGAAGAAAGCAGCGCCGUUCGGGCUCUGCCAUCGAAUUGGUACACUUCGCAAGAGAUGUACCAGCUCGAGAGACGAGCGAUCUUCUCCAAAAGAUGGAUGCUUAUUACGCACAAAACUCGGUUCACUGACCCAGGUGACUGGAUCAAGUUCGAUGUUGCUGGCUACGAGUUCGUCUUAUGCCAAGGCAGGAAAGGCGAGAUCAAUGGCUUCCACAAUGUUUGUCGCCAUCGUGCGUUCCCGGUGGUCCAAGAAGAGAAAGGCACAGCCAAAAUCUUUGCGUGCAAGUACCAUGGCUGGUCAUAUGGACUCGAUGGCAGACUGGCCAAAGCACCAAAAUACGAUGAGCUCGCAGGCUUCGACAAGAAUCAGAAUGGCCUUUUCAAGAUUCACGUCCGAACCGACGCAAGCGGGUUCAUCUGGGCCAAUCUGGAUAGCAAGGAGAUCCCAGAAGUGCCGUGGGAAGAGGACUUUGAUGGUAUUGACACACAAGAGAGAUACAAGGUGUUCAACUUCGACGAUUAUGUGCUUGACCACGAGUAUCACCAGGAAGGAGCAUACAACUGGAAGAUCCUGGCGGACAACUUCAAUGAAUGCUACCAUUGCCCGACAGCACAUCCUGAUAUCCCUACUCUAGCCGACAUUGAAACGCACAAGGUUGAUACCGACCAUGGUUGGAUCAAACAUCAAUCGACACCAACCUCAGAGCAGAAGGAAUUGGGUCUUGCAAUCGCCAGCACCUACUUCUUCCCAAAUGUCUCUAUCUCCGUCCUUCCGCACUUCAUUAUGCUUCAACGAUUCUUACCAAACGGGCCCAAGAAAUCAUCGAUGCACUAUCAAAUUUUCCGCAACAAGAACUCUACCAACGAGCAGUUCGAACUUAUUCACAAGCUCUAUGCAAAGGUAGUCAGCGAGGACAAAAUACUGUGCGAGCUUGCGCAGAAGAACCUCAAUGCUGAGAUUUUUGUCAAUGGUGAGAUGCAUCCACGGCUGGAGAAAGGCCCUUUGUUCUUUCAGCAGGUCACCCGGAAGAUUAUCAGGGAGCACUACGAGCGAGAGAAGACGGCAAAAAAAGAAGUGUGGCCUGCCAGGCAACAACUUCCAUCUGCCGCCUCUAUGAGCAGUGAGGAUGCUGAGAUCUGCUCCAGCCUCUCCUGUCGAGUGAACGAGGAAGGACUCGCAUGGUGA